CAGAAAGAACAGUAAAAAUGCAGGCAGGGCACAGGACAAAGCACUCGGGACAAAAUUGUAUUGAGUGAAUGUCACUUUUUGUCGUUUUCAAAUUUCCCGCCGUUCCGUCCCCUGUACGUCCCGACGCUUGGAACCCAGCAGACAGAUGCCGGCAUCCGCCGGAUUACAUUGCCGGGGACACUGCAGGAGGGACAUCGUGGGAGCGCAGGACAAGGUAAGUGAAGAACAGAUGCUGGAGCAGCGCCGCAUGGUAAGCCCGAGUGUAGCUCGGGGUUACCAUUUUUGGUACUGAAA